CUUCCCCUGCCCUUCCCCGGCCGCCGCCGUUCCGCGACCCCUCGGCGGGCACCGAACGGUGCAUCUGCUUAAUUGCUGGAAAUAUUUGGAAGUAUCAACAAUGAGCUUGCUGCUAACCUUGCUUCUGUCUGGAAUAGUCACCUGUCAUGGUCACCCCAGUGAUUCAGUGCCCAGGUUACUCUUAGUGUCCUUUGAUGGCUUCAGGGCUGAUUACUUGGAAACCUAUCAUCUUCCUCACCUUCAGGAGUUCAUUGAGGAUGGUGUGCUUGUAAAACAAGUUACAAAUGCUUUUAUCACCAAGACUUUCCCAAACCAUUACAGCAUAGUGACAGGUUUAUAUGAAGAAAGCCACGGCAUUGUGGCUAAUGACAUGUAUGAUGCAGAUACCAAGAAAAAGUUUUCGCAGUUCAAUGAUUCAGAUCCCUUCUGGUGGAAUGAGGCGAUUCCAAUUUGGGUAACAAAUCAACAGCAGAGAAAUGGGACGAGUGCUGCUGCAAUGUGGCCUGGUACUGAUGUAAAAAUUAACAAUGCGACCCCCCACUUCUUUAUGAAGUAUAAUUUUUCAGUAACAUUUAAGGAAAGAGUGGAGAAAAUUGUUACGUGGCUGAACAGCUCUGAUCCAGUAGUCAAUUUUGCUACGUUAUACUGGGAAGAACCAGAUGUAAGCGGGCACAAGUAUGGACCGGAUGAUACUGAGAACAUGCGCAAAGUAUUAGAAAAAGUGGAUAAUCAUGUUGGUUUCCUUAAGAGUAAACUGAAGGCCUCAGGUUUAUGGGACACUAUUAAUGUCAUCAUAACGAGUGAUCAUGGGAUGGCCACGUGUUCUCCAAAGAAGCUGAUUGUCCUGGAUGGCUGUAUUGAUCGCAGUAACUAUAUUCUCAUCGACAAGAGUCCAGUUGCUGCAGUGCUGCCAAAAAAGAAUAAAAAAUAUGUAUACAACUUACUGAAAAAAUGCAAUAGUCAUAUGAAAGCAUAUCUCAAAGAGGAGAUUCCAGAACGAUUUCAUUAUCAGCAUAAUAAGAGAAUUCAACCCAUAAUUCUGGUUGCAGAUGAAGGCUGGACAAUUGUGCAAAAUGAGUCUCUUUUAAAAUUAGGUGACCAUGGCUAUGACAACGCUCUCCCAAGCAUGCAUCCCUUCCUGGCUGCUCGAGGGCCUGCUUUUCAUCAGGGUUACAAGCAGAGCACAAUGAACAACGUUGAUAUUUACCCAAUGAUGUGCCACAUCCUGGGACUGACCCCACAGCCGCACAAUGGCACUUUCAGUAACACCAAGUGCUUGCUCACUGACCAGUGGUGCAUAAAUCUCCCCGAAGCUAUUGGGAUAGUUAUUGGGGCUUUUAUGGUACUGACUACUUUCACCUGCAUUAUAAUAAUCUCAAAGAACAGAGUAGCUCCUCCACGUCCGUUUUCCCGACUUCAGUUACAAUCUGAUGAUGAUGAUCCUUUAAUUGGAUAGCAUGCAGAGAGCUGAGCCUCGCUUGCUAAAUAGUGAUUUCAGCAAGCCAGUUCAAGAUUGCACUGGACAGCAUUCUUUGAUGCACUUUAAUGGUAUCUGUGUAAAAUACUGUACAGCCAGAACCUGCUAACUUGUUUGUGUGUGUUACUUGAAUAGUAGUCCUGUAAAAAAAAAAAAAAAAAAAAAAGUAUUUUCAGAAAGAAAUACUGAACGGGUGGCUUUUUGCUGGAAGAGAUGAUUAAGAAAAUAAAGAUCUUUAAUUUUUCAUUCAAGACUUUGAAUGCUUCUAAAAUGAAAUUCCAGACUGUGAACUAGACAAAAUGAAUUUUAACAUUUGUGAUAAUUAUUUUUGGUAUUAAAUUUAAAUUAAUGUUGAUUUCUUUUAGUGUUCUUGUAGCUGUAUUGGAGAGAUGAUCUUUUUUCUGAGAGUUAGAAAAAGUUAGUUCAAUUUGGACGCUAUCUUCUGAUUUGUUCUUAAAUCUGGGGAGAAAGGGUGGAGAGAAGAGGUGAUAUUUGUGUUUCCACCUUAAGCCAGCAAUAUGACAAGUAACUGGUGAGAAGGAAAAAGGAAGUCGGUGAGGAAAGAACUGUUAUGUGUCACUUCUAUGCUGACAACUUCUAGCUUGAGCAAUGAAGUAUGUGGUCCAACAGCUAGAACGCUGGGCAGAUGCUGAAGCUUCCGUGUGUGUCUGUGGAUGACUCAGUUCCGCAGUUCCUGCACUAGGAGAGCUGAGACAGGACUACUUGCUUAUCUCAAGGAUGUUGAUUUAAUCUGAGAAUCCUUGCUUGGGUUACUCAGCUUGAUGGGCUGUAGUAGUAAAAUUGCUGCUUCUAAACACUGUGAAAAGUUUUUUCAGGCGUAGACUGCUGAAUGUGUUACAGAAUAAAGGUGGGUAAUGCCCUGUGUACUGGCUGAUGAUUGUCUUCUGAAGGCUGUCAUGUCGUGAAAAGGAACAAGUUGAAAAUGUCAUCGAGCAAGGAUUCUAAACUUUUGUUUUAAACUCUGGAAAUUUAAAGGAAAAGGCUAUAGCUUCUUUUCUGAGUUAGGAUGACCUUUUAUCAAAGUUCUGGUGAAGACCAAUGCGAAUCAUUCUAUUUCUAAUUGAACCUCUAGAUUCCUUUUCAAUCGUUGAGUCUAGUAAUUUCCCAUAC